AUGUCAGACGUAGAAACUAUCUUGGCUAGUGGGAUGACCACACCGUCAAAGAGGGGAUGGAAAGGUACGAUCGCUGUCGAUAUGGAUGAUGUUCUAUGUCAAACAAACGCUACGAUAGUACAUAUGCACAACGAACUAUUCGAUACUCAACCUCCAUUGACUUUGGCUGAUUUUAAGAAUUACUUAUAUUGGAUGAACAGAGGAUGGGGCACGCCGGAGGAGACAGUUGGAAUGGUUGCAAAAUUGUAUCAAGGUGGUUUAUAUAUGCGAGCACCGCCUGUUCAAGGAGCUAAAGAGGGUUUGCGACGUCUGAAAGAGCUAGGGUAUAAUCUGAUAAUCAUAACAGCCAGAUCGGAAAAUCAGAGAACAGGGACAGAAGAUUGGAUAGCCGAAUAUUUACCUGAUAUAUUCGAUGAGAUACAUUUCACCGGCGCGUUCCAGCAUCUUGAACCUACUCGAGAAGAGAAAGAGGGUCAUGUAGCUAGGAAAGCGGUGGUAUCGCAUCAUAAACGAUCGAAAGCUGAGAUAAUACAUACCACCUCAUCAUUAUUCCUUAUUGACGAUUCCUCCGAAAACGCCUAUGACGUUUCGACUUCGACCUAUCCGCACGAAGGGCCUACGAAGGUAUUGCUAUUUGGUGAUUAUCCAUGGAACGCCAUUGUCCACGAUCCAUCCGAGAAGUCGCCGAUAGAAGGCAUGACUUUUCAUGAGAAGCAAGAGAAAGGUUUGUUGGACGAGUACGAGAGGUUGAGAGAGCAGAGGAUAAAAGAUGGUUGGUUACCUCCUGGUGUGGAAAGGGUUGGGGACUGGGAAAAGGUGGUAGAGUGGGUGGAGAGGUUCGAUAAAGCUAGACAAGAGUAA